CAACAUGUUUAGCCUAUUUUUUUUUCGAAGCCUUUUCUCAAAGUGUCUCUUUUCUAACAGGCUAGAAAUUAGAAAUUAAUAUAAAUUAAGAUUAUUAGAGCUUCCAAACUUCUUCCUUCAUCGAAGGUAGGCCUAAUGGUGUUCUCAUUCAAAAGUUUGAUAAGAAUACCGAGAAAAAUUCGACAUUCUAGGAUUACCUGGCAUAUUGUUUUCGUGCUGCACUUCGCGCAUCCGGCAUCCGGGGCCUGGUCAACUUCUUUACGCCAUCUUGCUGAACGGCGAUCAGCGAUCGCACUGAGUGAAAAGGGCUCCCGCGUUCUGACGAGCGCACAGGGGUACAAAAGUACCCUACUGUCAUUUUAACGUUUUCUUCUUAAUUUGCAAAAAUUUAAUUGAAUAUUCUGUGUAGAAUUAUCUUUAUUUUUUUUGUUAGUGGUCAAUAUGGCGAUUUGAAAAUGAUGUCUCAACGUCUUGGAAACACCAACUCUGCUUUGCAGACUGGCUUGGUCCUGGGCCUAGAACUUUAUUUUGCAGCUAACGUUAAUGCUAGAGGAAAGCAGUUAUACGAUGGAGAAAAAAACUCCUACUCGUCCGUUACCUGUGCAGUCUAAGACUAGCGCUACCCCUGAAAGAAAAUCUGACUACUCAAACAAGAACAAUGGAAGAAGAAGAUGGAAGGACAAUGUCAGCCCUGGAGGUCGCUCUUUGGAACCUGCACAAUUGCCCGUCAAACCCCCUCCUCAGAGAUGGAAUCGAGGAAAUGGUGACAAGAGGCCGCGACAGAGAGGCUAUUAUGGCGAUAGACAAAGAGAAGAGCGAGCUUGAUUCUUAUGAACAGGUAGCAGAGGUUGAUGAUGCCCCAGAGGUAUACAGCACAAGUUCCCGCAAGGGAAAUGCCAACAACCUGUUGAGGUUUCACUAUGGCUCCCAUGAUGAAGGAAGUCGUUCUGCCGGCCGAUGGUCUGGGUAUCGGGGUGGUGGUGGUCAUGGCAGACAGAGAAAGACGGUGCGCUACAACAAGGAACAAUUCCUACAAGCAAGCUGCCAGUUUGUAGUGCAGGAUAAUGGAGAGUACUCCCAGCAAGCCGUUGACCCGGAUGCCCUGGUGAAGUGGGAUCUGGUGGAGCUGGUGCGCGUGUUCUCCACCGAGUCUGUUCUUUGUCCCAUCUGCAGGAGCGUGCCGUAUGCAGGACAAAUAACCAAGUGUGGACAUAUUUACUGCCUAGCUUGCAUGAUACGCUAUCUGGCGCUUGGGGAUAAAGACUACAGGAGGUGUCCUAUAUGCUAUGAUGCCGUGAAGACAGAAGAUCUAAGAAGUGUGCGAUGGGUCAAAGUGCCCGACUAUAAAGUUGGAGACACCAUUGAACUGAAGCUGAUGCGCAAGAGUAAAGGCAGUGUGUACGUCUGCCCGAAGAAGCAGUGGACAGACAGACAGGGCGUUCCACACAACCUGCUUGAUGGCGAGAACACCAAAUUUGCCAAGCUAUUAGUGGCAGGAAAAGAAGAGAUCCAGAGAGAAGUGAUUGAGGUAGAGAAAGCCGACCUGGCUGCUCAGAUGAAGGAUGCUCAUGUAACAGAGGAGCCUUUCAUAGCCAUGGCACAGGAAACAUUGAAGAACCGUGAAGAGAACCUUCAGGCUACCAGAAGUUUGGCAGAGGUCAAACCCAGUGCGGAAGCGGAGCAAGAAGAUGAGGCUGCAAAAGAAUCUGAGCUUGUGACUUUGUCUGAUGUAUUGUUGGAAGAAGCUGAGGAGAUUACGAAAUAUUCCGACGCCUUUGAGGAUAUGCUGGAGGACUCGAGCUUCCUCAACGUCUCUGCCUUAAGCCACCCAGAGGACACAGAGAUGGAAGGCAGCAUGGCAUCACUGGACAGGUCGGACGGUGCCAUCUUCUCCCUGGAAGGUUUGAAAGAGGGCAUAGAAACUGAGGACACCAAGUUUACCCCUGUGGCAGAGUCGUUGGCGUCGCUACCGGCCGCCGCAGCAGACGGAGAAACUAGUCAGAAAGGAGAUGACACUGGUGGAGCCCUUCCGGACUCUGCACCCACACUUGGGGCGGAAGUUUUGCCACCGCCGCUACCAAAAAUAGAUGCGACCAGCGCUCGCGAGAGGGGAGACAGCGAGGGUUCGCUCCCGUGUGGCUCGCCGGUGAACCCGUUCCCUCUCCUGGAGGACCACCUUGUGUCCCAGGUGGCUGUGUCGACAGACGAAGUCUUCGACAACCUGGAGCUUCCCCACGCCGAGGCGCCACCGCAGGCCAAGAGAGUGCAGCCCACCCGAACUAAGGACACCUACUAUUUCUACCAGGCCUCCAGUGGCCAGCACAUCUACAUGCACUCGCUGAAUGCUCGGUGCCUGCAGCAGGAGUACGGCAGUCUGGAGCACGGCCCAGAGACCAUAUCUGCCAGCAUUGUGGCCAUCAAGCGCAUGUUCAUGACUGAGGAUGUGCGGAAGCGGCUGCGUUAUUUGAACCACAUCCCACUGACCUGUGAGUUCCACGUGGUGGAGUUGAAUUUGAAACAACCACUGGUUAGCAAGGAGACUCUGAAGAUGUUUAGAGGGGAGAUUGAAGCUCUUCGCAAGGAUAGGCAAAAGAAAGCCAGAGAGGAGAAGAGAAGAGCCAAGGAGUUGGAGCUAGAGCACAAGAAAGCGCAUGGCAUUUACCCGGACGUGAAUCUGCGGCUGGACAGUCAGCGCCAGUUCCCGUCCCACCUAAGCACCUCGACAGCAAAACCGGGUUCUCAGGGUGAGGAAGACACAACAGAGUCGACCUCUGACACCUUUGAACGCUCGUCAAGCUCUCAGUGGACCGCGGAGGAGGCAUCAUCGUCUUCUACCUAUGAUGGCCAAGAAGCUGCUGCUGCUGGUUUGGGUCCACAGUCUGGAUCACCGAUGAGCCCUAGGAAUUCUGCAUGGGACUCCAAGUCCUUUGCUAAGAUUGCCGGGGCAGGGGCGUGGCCGACUGUACAGCGCUGGCGCUCUGUCUCCGAGUCACAGCCUACGCCCGUCAUCGCCAAGUCUCCCAAUGCGGACGACAGUGAUGGUGAAGGUCACCCCGCACCAAGCUACAAUGCUUCCAUGGCCGCUGCUUUUGACAGCCUGGACACAAAGCUUCAGGCAGCAGCCACAGAGCCAGAAGUGAUGGCGUCGCCCGGCCCAGCCGGAAGCGGGAAGAAGAAAAAGAAAAAAGAAAAGCAAGUCCUGUUCUCGACCUCUAUGGCUCGGAAGAAUUAGCCUACUUGGGUUUUUUCCCUCUUUUGGCUGAAUUUUUAAUCCCUAUUGUGAAUUUGCAAGACUUUUUACAUUUGCAUUUUUAUUUUAUUAAUCUUGGAACCUUCCAUUCAUCUUUUAAAUGUAAAAAAAAGUUUGCAUUGACAAAUUUCAGUGGUUGUAAUUGUAUAGAAUACCAGUUACUCCUUCUGUUUGGUAAUUAUUUCUUCUGUUUGAGUUGUCAGGAUUGGUUGGCUACUGGCAUGCCUGGGCUUGGGCUUUUCUGUGUCAGGGGCCGACCUCCCCAGUUCGCUCGGAGUUUAGUGUCCAUCAGUUCCAUCAACGUUUGCGACCUCAGAUCUUUGAUUCCUGUGAUGCGAUAGGGAAAUUGGCCUGCUCACUAUGCUUGUAAAGGAUUUGAAUUCAAUUUCUCUGUUCUGUUCCUGGGAUAAUUUUGUCAAGUAUGUCCUUGUUUUUAGGGGGUUUUUUUCCCUGAGAUGCAGCAUCUUUUCCCAGCAACCCCAGCCAGCCGUGACAGGCAAGGGAAAGCAGCCUGCCUCCUAAAUGGUCUGAAUUGUUUGUUGGGGGUGUGUGUGUGGGGUGGUGUUGAAUGAUUGCUGGAACAAAUUUCAGCAGCCCCGGUGACCUAUGGUCGUGGAAGGGGUUGAUUUUUGUUUCAGAGGAACAACACUUCAGGAAAGUGCUGCAGUUGUGUGGUCAGUAUGUUUAGUUCUUCCCACGGAGAACUGUGCGUUCUCCCUCUCCUCUCUAUGCAAGUCUGUUAUCCGUACGCUGCUGUCUAGUCGUGAGUCUUGCUGUGUGGAUGUGUUUGUUUGCUCAUUCAGCUUUUUCACCAUGACUUUAUUUAACUGAAAAACUUGUAUGUCUUUUUUUUAGGGGGGAGGGAUGCAUUUUCUUGUGACCCCAUGUCAAAGGGCCGAAACCUUAGGACAUGAUAUAGCUUUAAGCCACCAUUACUUUGAAACUAAAUGGAGUUGGACUCUAGAUGGCUCCUCCAUUCUCUUUUCCCCCUCGUUUUACUGCAUCGAAUAGUUCUUUUUUUAUAGACAUCAUACAGGUUAAAGACUUUCUAAUUUAGCCUAGGAAACCUUGUUGGUAGCAAGACCAAGGAGAUGCGCUUUCCUCGUGUUUUGUGUUGUGGGCACCGAGCACUCCGCCCUGUCCCAGUGUGUUGGCCCACCAGCCAAUGGGAACAGCACACUUGGAGCUCAAGUAGUGGGACAGUCGUGUGUGGUGCCGAGGUCUAGGUAGCAGAAACCACGGAGGAAAGGCUCAUCUCUUGGUAGUGUACACUGAAAAAUACAUGUCUCGUGGCAGUGGAUUCUGUGAAACGUUUGAUGUAGAUAUGUACAUGAUAGCUUCAGAAAGCUAAAAGGAUCAAUUUUUGGUUUUCUUCGGUACUGGCGUAACUUCUUUCCUAAUAUUAUGUCUGUAACCUUUUGUUGACAGAGCUUUUUGUGUUGAGGGAGAUUAUUGGAAGAAAAAUUCUGUUCUAAAAGGUUUGAUGUUUGUGUGUGGUUGUGGUAGAAGAUGGAGAGGAAGACCACCUUUGUUGUAAAGACUUGUUAUUUAGUUUCAUCCUUUGUUCUGCUGAAAUGAUGUACAAUUUUACUGUAGACAGAACUCCCAAAAGCCACUUCUUAUUUUCUGUGGUGAACUGUUGAAUGUAAACCUCCCCUGCUUGAAACUCUAUUUUGAGUAUCCAGAGCCAUGUGUUAAAUGAUAACACUCGCUUCGGUGUCACAUAAAGAAGACACUGAUUUCAUUUCUCGUGUGAGAUGAAUUUUCAUCUAGUAUCCCAGUCUUUCUGCUGGGAUGUUGUAUCCCUCUCAGCUUUGGUGAGCCCUGGUUUACAGGGUCAAAGCCUGUCUCUUCCUAAAUGAUCUAAAAUGUUUUUGGAGGUGUAUAAACACCUUCAUUAACAAACAAACAAAAAAACCAACAUUAAAUUAAAAAACAACCAAAAACAAAAUCGUCUCCCAACCUCAGAUUUCCUCAGUGUAAGUGCCGUACUACAUAAAAUAUUGUGAUAAUACUGGAAUUGUUAUCACAUGUGAGAAACUGGUUGAUGCGAUUGCCCUAUCUGUCUUUCACUGCAUGUGUUGAGCUUGGUGUGUGCGUGUGUGUGGUGCGGGUGGAAAGUGCAACGGAUUGGGGUGAGCAUGUUGUUUUCUGAUCAGCGUUUUUUUAGUGUGAGUGGGGUUUUUUGGUUUUGUUUGUUAGUUUGUUGCCUGUUGCAGUUCCGAUGGAGGUGAUUUGUUGAGAAGGGCUUGGAGAGAGAGAAAUCCAAGAAGGUUGUUUUUUGUCAGAUGCCUAGCUUCAGUUGUUUGUAGAUCACCCUUCUGUUAGGUCAGGUUGUUAAUGUGUGUUCUGGUGUGAUAUGUGAUUCUACUGGGGUUUUUUCUACAACAUACUGGACUCAGUCAUCUCUUGUACAGUUGUUUUAAACUCGUGCAGUCCCCAAAAUGUUAAUGAGAAGAAGCUGAAGUAGACCAAACUUUGGAACCCAUUCUUCAGUUGAGCAAGACCCACAGAGCUUAAUUAAUAUAUAUGAAAAGUAGCCCAGCCCCACGUCAGUAGAAGCUGUUUGGGCCAACGAAGGAACUAAGCAGGACGGCCCAGUAUAAGGUGAUAGACACCAGUCUGUAAGUGUGAUGUGUUGCUGAAGUCAUGGUGUUACUUAGCAAAGAUUUUGGGUUUUUUGUGUGCCUAGAAAAUACUCUUUUGCUUGGUGAGUGGUAUGUGUGGGGCGAGAUGCAUGGUCUUCUAGUUGUAAAUGUGUGUUAAUAGUCGGUAUUUAAGCCACAAUAGUCUUUUUACAUUCACGUCAUUGUUGUGUCAAAGAUAAAUGUUUGUUUUGAGGUAUUACCUCCUGCUAAAGAGUUGAUUAUUAUAAUGGACAGAAUUAUUUCACCCAUGCCAUGUAUACCAUACUUUAUUAUCCACUUAUACCGAUUGGCAUUGUAGAGGGGAGGGGAUCAGCACUAGGGACAAAUUCUGUCCUUGAUAGACAGUUGUUGUAUUGUUGAAACCAGUUCUUGUAAAGUAAAAGAUACAGAAGUUGUAUCGUAGUGAUAAGUUUUUAGAAUUCAAAGAAAUUGUCUUCGAUUUUUUAAAAGUUUUAAGAUCUCCCCACCUACCUCCCUUUUUUUUGUAUGUUUGUGUUUGCACUAGUUUUUUCCUUUGCAAGAUUCUGUAAGUAAUGUGUCAAUAGUGUCGCUGUGUAUUAUGUUUGUGUGUGAGUGAGAUGCAAGAUUCUGUAAGUAAUGCGUCAUAGUAUCGCUGUGUGUUGUGUUUGUGUGUCUGAGUUUGAGAUGAUGGCAUUUAUGCGAUGUCAGAGAUUUCAAUUGUUGAAAGUUUUGUACAGCGGGCGUAUUUGAUUCACAGGGAGGUUGAGACUUUGGUGGCAGUGAUUGCCUUCACAGCCAUCUCAGGUCUUUGCCUUGGUACUGGUAAUUUCUCGUCUGUAGCCGACCUGGUUCUGUCCCAAAAAAUAACUGUAUAGUCCAUUUAUCUAUCACUAUCAGACACUGCUAACGAAUAGCCUGAAACAUUUUUAUUUGUAAACAAGGUGUUGGCAAUAAAACCCAAGUUUUCAACAGAU